CCAGACGGACGGAUGCCGACAGCUAAGUUCUAUUUCUAUUUUUAUUUCUAAUCGCAGCGGCGGCAAAUCUAAAUGGAGAUAGGGCCAGCAUAGUAACGUAGGUUGCAGAGAAUUGGAGCACUGCGAAGCCAGGAGAACAGGGCGAUAAAGUAGGUCGUGGCCAACACAUAACAGUUAGGACUAAAGGUUUGAUAGUUAGGGCUAAAAGUGUGCUUUUUGUGUGUGUGUGUGUGUUGACCUUUUUUUUUUACUUUUCUCUUUUCCCCUGGUUAUUGGUUUGGUUAUUUUACUAGCUCCCUUUAUUCUUCUAGAGAUUCCCAGUGGUCUUUACUAUAGUUAAUUUUUUCCCUCGUUUUUACACGGUUAAAUAACAGUAGGACGAGAUUUCAUGAGACGGCCGGCUAGAAAAGCCAAAGAGGAAGGUGGGGACCUCGUCCAGUGUGAGAGGUGUGAACGAUGGUGUUAUUUGGAUGAAACGACAUUCAAAACCAUGGCGGAGGCGGAAGGGAACGGCUUCGUGUGCAGGCUGUGUAAGAUGAUUGAGAAUUUGGAGAAGCAGCUAAAGAGUGAAAUGGCGAGGACAAAGGAGGAACUCGAGAAAGAAAAAACGAAACGCGCAGAGUUUGAGGAAAGGGUCGAGAGGGAGUGGGCCUCAAGAAUGUAGGCUGCAGAACGGAAAUGGAGUGAGGAGCGAGAGAAAAGGCAGCAAUUGGAAAAACAAUUGAAAGAGAUGAGAGCCAGAGAAGCGGAGAGGGAGACACAGCAGGAACUGAAAGAAAAGGUAGCAGGAGGAUCACCCAGUGGAGCAGAAUCGGGGGCGGUCACGUUAACGUGGGGACCGCGGGCGACACAGGUGCAGAGGGAUGAGACGACAGGAGGCAGAGAAGGCGAGGAGGCAGGGAAGACCCAGCCGACAGAGACAGGAGGGAGGCAAGAUUUGCUUGAAGACAGAAAGGUCUGGGUCGUUGGAAGCUCCAACGUAUCGCGAAUACAAACAGCACUCCUCAGAACAGUGCAGUAUGACAGACGAGUGAAGGUCGAGUGUAUGCCGGGGGCUCGAUUCGAAGCUGUGGCGGAGAGAGCCAAAAGCAAACUGAAGAAAAACAGUGAGGGAAGAAACCUAGUAAUUUUGCACGCUGGGGUGAAUGACGUCCUGCAGAAUAGGGGGCGAAUGCUGGGCAGACAGAUUCAAGAGGGAGUCGCAAAAUUAAGGGCGACCUCUGAGGCGGUGCACAUUGCCCUGUGUACUGUCCCAGAGAUCAGGGGACAGGGCCCUUUCAUUGAAGAGCAGGUAGUGGCGGCAAAUGUAGUGAUUAGGGAGUUGGGACGAGCCCUGAAGUGUGAUGUGGUGGAGGAGAACAGAAUGAUUGGAGGGAAAAACUUCCCCCCUUUCGGCCCGGAUGGCAUUCACUACACUACACCAGCGGGAUGGCAGGUAGGAACGAAGGUGGGUCGUAGGGCUCGGGCUUUUUUGCAGGCGCGCAGGGCGACCCUGCAAGCCAAAACGUAAACGAUGAAGGACAGGGGAAGGGGGGCAGGACAGGAGCACGGAGGAGGAAGAGGAAGAAGGCAGUAAAUGUAGGGUUCAUCAACAUGCAGGGGGGAAGAAAUCGCAUUAAGUGGGACGAAAUAGCAGAACAGUUACAAACGGAAAAUUUUUAGGUAUAUGGAGUUGCCGAAACCCAUUUAAGGGAUGAGGAAGAGCCACCAUUCAUUGCGGGAUACACCUGGGUUGGUUGCAACAGAAAAAGGGAAGAACGCAGAGGAGGAGGCCUUGGGGCGCUAGUGAAGGGACAGGACUGGGAAAGGGUAAGAGAGAGCUGCAGUGAGCACAUGUGGCUCAAGGGCACCGUAGGGAAUGUUGAGACAAUCCUGGGAGUUGUGUAUCUGAAAACGGGGAAUGGGUCGAAAGAGGAGAAUGCAGAACAUUUCAAAUGUAUGGCCAAGGACAUCAGGGAGGUAGCUAUGAAACGGGAGAUAAUCAUCCUAGGGGACAUGAAUGCACAUUUGGAAUACUUUGACGGGGCGACAGAUGCAACAGGGCAGAUGUUAGUAGAUUUUUGUGAGGCUCAUGAUUUUGUGAUAGUUAAUACUGAAAUUAAAUGUGAUGGGAAAAUAACAUGGGAAAGAAAUAACACCCACUCGACAAUCGACUACUGCCUAAUGUCCCACAAGCUGUAUGAACGGUUGGGAUGUAUGGAAAUUGAUGAGGAAGGUACAAAAAGCCUGGGGAGUGAUCACAAACGAAUCAAAAUCAGUUUUGGAAGGACAGUACCACUGGUAGAAACUAAAGAAAGGAAAGGUAUGAGCAAAUUGAAUGACAGGCAGCUACAAGAAGUGGCGAAAAACAUUGAAAGCAUGGUAUCCAAGCAACCACAAAGGGCAUGGACAUACGACGAGUUAAUAGGUAUUUUUAAACGAGAGCUAGAGAAGGGACAGAUUAGGAAACUAGGAAGUAAGCAGGGUAAAUAUAAACCGAAAAGCUGGUGGGACCGAGAAGUUAAGGAAGCCGUAGAGCAACGCAAAGAUGCGUGCAGAAAACACAGAGCAGCGAAGAAAAGGGGAGCCACACCAGAAGAGGUGGAGACUAAAUGGGAGGAAUACCUUGCAAUGAAAAGAGAAGCAAUGGCAUUAAUUCAAGCCAAGAUAGCAAAAGUUGGGGUACAGUGGAUGUUAGAGAUACGAAAAAAAGACAGGAAUGCCUCUAAGAAAUUUUGGGAACACAUUAGGCAACAGAGUAAGAAGACAGAGGUGGUUCAGCACUCACUGACCACGCCAGAUGGAACAAAGGUAGAGGGAGAGGAAGCUCAGGAAUAUAUUAGGUUAACAAUAGAGGCAGCAUUUGCAGAGCCAGUGGGUAGCGAAAUGGAGAAUAAUGACAACAGCAGGACAGAAUUAGAGGAGGAGUACAGAAGGAUGACAAGUAAGGAAUGGGACAGAAUUGAACACAAGGUCCCAGUGGGAACAGCGACAGGACCUGACGGCAUACCUAUGAAAUUGAUAAGCAUAUUAGGCCAGAAAAGUAAAUUAAAAUUACGACAACUUAUUGAACAAAUAGUAGUAGGGGGAGAUGUUCCACAGGACUGGAAAUCAAGCAGAAUGUUAUUAGUUUACAAAGGUAAGGGAAGCAAGGACAACAUUAAAUCCUACAGGCCAAUAACUAUCACAUCAGUCAUAUACAGAGUAGCAAUGCAGAUGGCGAAGGAGAGAAUGGAGGAAUGGGCAGAACGAGAAGAGAUCUUGGGAGAACUGCAGAAUGGAUUUAGAAGGAACAGAAGGCUAGAUGAUAAUUUAUUUGUUAUAACACAGUGCAUAGAGAUAGCGACAGCCAGGCAGAAACCACUAUGGAUAGCCUUUUUAGACAUUAGAGGAGCUUAUGAUAAUGUAAACCGAGAAAAGUUAUGGAGCCAGUUGAGGGAAUAUGGUCUAGAGAGAAAGAUGAUAGAGUUCCUACAACAAGUUUAUACAGAUAAUGAGGUAGAGAUAACAUGGGAGGAGGAAACUACAAAGCCAGCUAAAAUAAGAAGAGGUCUCAGGCAGGGCUGUCCAUUGUCACCUCUGCUUUUUAUGAUCUACAUGAGCCAAAUGGAAAAGAGACUAGAACAGAGCACAAUAGGAACCGACAUAAGCUAUAUGCUGGAAGGGCAGAAGGUAGUUCAAGUACUAGCCGGACUGAUGUAUGCAGAUGAUAUAGUACUGCUUGCUGACACCCGAGUAGGACUACAGGAACUAAUGAGCAUAUGUGGAGAGGAGGGAGAAAAAUUGGGACUCCAAUUCAGUAGAGAGAAGUCUGGGGUAAUAGUAUACAAUGAAGAAAGGGGGGAACCAUUGGAAAUACAAAGCACUAAGAUUGAUCAUGUUGAAAAAUACAAGUAUUUGGGCAUAUGGCUAAACGAGGGCAAAAAGUACUUGGAAGAACAGGAAAAAACUAUGAUUGAAAAAGUGAAAAGGAACUCGGCUGUAAUGAAACACAAGGCACUUUGGAACUAUAAUAGGUACGAGGUGGUUAGGGGCGUAUGGAAAGGGGUUAUGGUACCUGGCCUCACAUUCGGAAAUUCAGUACUGUGCAUGAAAUCGGAAGUUCAGGCAUGCAUGGAAACGAGACAGAGAAGUGUAGGCAGGUUGGCCUUAGGAGCACACGGGAACACCCCUAAUGAGGGAGUGCAGGGGGACAUGGGAUGGACGUCAUUUGAAGGUAGAGAGGCAAUAAGUAAAAUAAAAUUUGAACAGAGACUCUCAGCACUGGAGGAAAAAAGGUGGGCAGGAAAAGUGUACAAAUAUCUGUACAUGAAAAGUUUGAACACAAAGUGGACACUCAGAACGAGGAAGCUGAGGAAUAGAUACCUACAGCCGUGGGAGGGGAUCCAAAGUGGUUCUAGUGUGGGAAAGGAGGUGAAGGAGACGGAAAGAAAAAUGUGGGAAGAAAGAAUGCUCGGAAAGCCAUCGCUAUCAAUGUAUAGGUCACAAAAACAGGAGAUUAAGAGAGAGCUCUUAUUUGAUAACUCGCGGGGCAGCUCACUAUUAUUCGAGGCUAGGACGGGGGUUUUGAGGACGAAAACAUACAGGGCUAAAUUUGAAGACGUGGACCUUCGGUGCGCAGCUUGCGGAGCCGAAAUGGAGACCACUGAACAUAUAGUGCUGAGAUGCACAGCCCUUCGCCCGACCCUGGCAGAGGGAACAAUGGCAGAUAUGGAAGGGGCAUUAGGUUUUCCCGGGGAACGAGGGCAAAUAGACGAGAAAAGAGUGGCAGUAACGAAGGGGAGGCUAGAGGAUUGGUGGAGGAAGUCAAGGGAUAGAUAAUAACAUAAAUCGGGGACAAAGUGUUUCCUCUACUGUUUUAGAUAGUUAUCUUGGGGGGGGGGGAGUAAAAACUAGGUGGAGAAAAAAAGAGAGAAUAUAAAGAUAGAAAAAAAAAGAAUAAUAAUAAAAUAGGAGGGGGGAGCAAAAGGCUAGGUGGCGCCAGCCGCCGCCCGUUACAAAGGGUAUAGCCGCCAUCCAUCCAUCCAGCGAUGGUGCUUAUGGUGCUGUGUCGGUUCGUUUGCUUUCUUCACAGCCUCCCUAAAGUCACCUUCUCAGCUAUUGAGAUGUGUUCUACUGGCGGGUGGAAAACAUUAUUUUUGGACCCCCAUGUUCCAUCUUCUGUACAAUGUGUGAUGUUACUUUUCGUUACAUCGAUGCACACGAGCUCUUCAACAACUGUGAAUGAUGUGUGGCACUGGCAGAAGAAAAAUAUUAUUUUUGGACCCCCAUGCACCAUCUUCUCCACAAUGUGCGAGGCAUCGAUGCAGGCGACCUCUCCAACAAUUGUGAAGGGACAGAUACCACAUCAAGGAUACUUCCACCGUGACUGUCAGACUGAUAAACGCUCUGAUGUGAAAACAAAGAACGAGGUUUGUGUCAAUUGGCCAUUUGAAUGCCAUUUGUGCCCUGAGAGCUUCUCGCUGAAGGAAACCCUGAACAAGCACCUGUGCACCCACACAGGUACAAGGACAUUUCGGUGUUGUUCAUGCCCUCGGAGCUUCUGGAAGAGGGUUGAUAUGAUAAGACACCUUCGCAUCCACACAGGCGAGAGGCCAUUUCAGUGCCCCUCAUGCCCUCGGAGCUUCUCAAAACAUUAUAAUUUGAAAACACACCUGCGCACCCACACAGGCGAGAGGCCAUUUCAGUGCCCCUCAUGCCCUCGGAGCUUCUCACAAGAUAAUAUUUUGAAAGCACACCUGCGCACCCACACAGGCGAGAAGCCGUUUCAGUGCCCCUCAUGUCCUCAGAGUUUCAGGCAACGGGGUCAUUUGAAAAUACACCAGCGCGUCCAUACAGGCGAGAGGCCAUAUCACUGCUCGUUAUGUCCUCAGAGGUUCUUGAAAAAAGAUCAUCUGAAAACACACCUGUGCAUCCACACGGGUGAGAAGCCAUUUCAGUGCCCCUCAUGCCCUCAGAGCUUCCGGCAUCGGGGUAAUUUGAAAAAACACCAGCGCAUCCACACAGGCGAGAGGCCACAUCAGUGCUCGUUAUGUCCUCGGAGCUUCUUACGAAGAGAACAUUUGAAAAGACACCUGUGCACCCACACAGGCGAGAGGCCAUUUUAAUGCCCCUCAUGUCCUCAGAGCUUCAAGCAACGGAGUCCUUUGACAACACACCUUCGCAUUCACACAGACGAGAGGCCAUUAUAGACCCCUUUGGGUGCUUGGAGCUGCUCAUAAAAGUAUGUCCUCAAAAGACAUCUGCACAUCCACACAGGCAAGAGGCCAUUUCAAUGCGCUCUGAAUACUCUCGGACGAAGAAAUUCAUAAGACAACUAUAACACCUUUGUUUUAGUAGUAAAAAUAUGGCUACGUUAUCACUACCUUAAAAUUAUCUUUGUGGUAAAGCAUAACAACUAUCUUAUUUCACUUUUUUUAACCUUCUUCUGGAGUGCUCUGAACUGACCAGUCAUAUGUGCUGCAGGUUGCAAGCUCAAGGAAUACUUCUGUAUCUACACGUUAGAACGACCGUGCUGCUGCAUCGUCUUUUCAAUGCUUUUGCAAGCCACUCACUGAACACAUGUGAACAUUGUAAUAUUAUACCACCAAGUAUGCCACCAGCCGUGUGAGGUGUAUUUUACAUCUUAAAUGGAGUCUGAACAAGGAAUCUGCACAGAUGUGUGGUAUGCUGCAUGGCAUUCUGGUACAUCAGGAAUUGCAAGUGCUAUUGUAUGCUCUUAUUGAAGAACUGCUAAGUGACUUCGGAGAAUGUGCCAGCAUCAUCUAACAGGUUGUUCUAGUAUGCUAAACAUCAUGACACGCAUAACUUGACCCUAGGUGAAACAUGUUCAGUUGAUAACAUGAUACCUUAGUGAAGUAUAUAUUACUGCAGUUUUAAUGACGCAUGUGGUGGGAAUGAACAUAUACUGAAUUGGCAAGUUGUUCCAUCUUGUUGAGACAGUAGCUGAGGCCAGCUAUAUAGAUGUUGCAGAGAUGUUUCUUGCAAUGAGCAUCGGCCUAUCAGAGCAGUAGUAACCAUGUAAUUUUCUUUAUGUGAUGACACAACUGUGCGCACUUUGAUAUGUACAUAUUCUGUCUCAAAAGGAACGAUGCCAAUAGAAGCAUGUUUAAAGAGUUACAGAUUCACUUUUGUGUAUGGUUUCAUGACACAAGGUCCAGGUCUGGCCAAAGAGCAUCAAGCAAGUCAUUGUGAGUCCUAAUAGAGAAAUGAAAAAUUUUAAGUGCUGAAAAGCUGUCAAGAGGGAGAAGUGGUGCUCAUGUUCUUAACGGGCGCUUUGAGCAAUGGCAAUGCAUAAAAAUUUUCAGACUUCUCAGAUUAGGGUGCCAUAAAUCACACAGUGAUGUUUUUUUUUUUUUACAAGCUCUUUGCAUGUAGUAUUGUGACUGAAUGCUGGCCUCUAAAGUUCACUGUUAAAGCACCGAUGUUUUUUAUUUCUUGUAUGUAGAUUAAGUUUCUGAUAGGUGUCUUUUGUUGUGUUUGCUGCCGCAUUAUGUUCCAUGGUCAUGAUUUGUAGUACUUUUUGUUAAUGGCCGUACCUCCGGUUAGUUUUCUCUCAUGUCUGUGACUGGUGCCUUCACAGUAGAUGGGUGUGUUCAGAUAAGUGCAACCGGCUAAUCUGGUGACGACCAUAUUUAAUUUAGACUGAAAUGUAUAUUUUGCUGCAUGAGUUCCAAGAUAUGCUAUACCAAAUUUAGCUUUGCGAGAAAAAGAUAAUUCCUCAUAAAAAAAUAUGGAAGCGCCCAGCCAGUCAGAAGCGCUUUCUGUGAGUUUUGCUGAAUCCGCAUUUGGGUUAGCUCCCAAAGAAAAAGUGUUGUGGCUAUGGCUCUAACAACAUUUAUUGAUAUAGUACGGGUCAGUAUCAAUAAUACGGGUCAUUGCGUGAAACAUUCGACAAUAUUGGCCAAAGUCCAGAUUUUCUUUCCUCCCUAUUUAUAAAGAGUAUGUUUUUCAAAUUUCGUCAUUGUUUGCCAAAAACGUUGUUAAAACUUGAGCCGAACAUAUUUGCUUACGUGGCUCUAUAAACUCAGGAGAAGCCCUCAAGUUUAGGUCUGUUAUUAAAUUGGCAGUACUUUAAAAAUAUUUAAAAAAGAAUAGCAUCCUUGAUUUUCUAUGAAAUUUUCCAAAUUAGGCCUUUCACUUGAAGCAAUGCAAUCUCGAAAAAAACAUGUUGCAUCAUUUUUUUUGUUUCAGAAUUAUAAAGUGAGAAAUGUGACUGAAUAAAUGGUAGCGUUGGUGUGACAUCGAGCUCACAGCAAAGCCUGCCAUGAGCCAACAGCUUGCGGGGUGCAUUGCAGACAACUCUUGGAAAUUGGUUUGUUUUUCUUGCCACUCAGGCGCCAAAAUAUAUUUUUAAAUGAAAAUUAAAAUUGUUCACCACACAUGCCUGACUGAACUUAUCUCGAUACUCCCUGAUGUCAUUUGGCGCACACUAAGAUCCAGUCUUUUGUGUUAGGGUCAUAUUCUUGUUAUUUCUGGCUUCUAGUAUGUAUGAGAGUUUUUUUAACUUCUUUCGUUAUGACAAUGGUCUCACCUUUUUCAUUCUCGUUUUGCAUAUUAGCGAUUUUUUGCUGUAAUUAACCAUUUAAUUGUUUACUACAUAAUCGGUUCUGUAAAUCGGUUUUCAGUUCAAUAAAUAAGUUGCUGUUUUGUGAA